UCGUGUGAUAAUACAUCAACCUUUAGUCAAGAAAUAUCAAAUGGCCUGAAAAACGACAACAAAAGGCAAAAAUGGCUUGGCACGGAACGUGUUAAUAGGACUGCACGUCGCAUUGAUCCAACGAUUCGUAAUGGAUACGUCGCGCUAAAUGGCGUGGCUGUAUCGUGCGGGGAGUGCAGCAGCAGCGGUACCAGCGAUAUCACGGAGCCGGGCUCGCCGUGCAGCACGAGCAGCGACGAGGGGGUAGCGAUACGUGGCGCGUCAGCCAGUCCACUUCCGUCCCUACCCAAGCUGGCGCCGUCCUCGCAGAUCAGCACCAGGCCCCAGUGGCCCUGGACCCCGCCGUUGGCCGCCACCGCGUGCUCGACCUACAAGAGGCUGAAGGGCGAGCCCGAGGUUGGCACACUGCCGAGGUCCGGGGCUGCGGAUCCCAGUUUCCGCGGCAGCAACAAAUCCACCACCGGCAAGCCGAACGCCCAAGCCCACCACCACCACCACCUUCAUCACGAGUCCCAGGGGAAGAUCACCGAGUACUUUAAAACGCAAAUCAAACCACAACAGCCCAAGAUCAAGAAGAACAACAACAACAGCGAGGGCAUGUCGGUGCUGGUGGCGAAGAGCUCGUCGGAAUUUCGAAGACCAGCCACGGUGCAGAGGAACAAGGGUGGACUGGCCAAGUAUUUGAGCAGCGUGUCGCCGAACGGGAGGACAGCGUCGACCAACGACUGGGAAGCGAGGACCACUCUGACAAUGUCUCCGCCGCCUACCAAGAAGCCACCGCCGGUCAUCGUGCCGAGGACCAACGGCAAAAUCGACAAGAAGCUGACCAAGCCAGUGCCUAGCCUGCCCAUCUCCAACGACGUGCUGAAGAACGGCAAGAUCUCGUCUCUCAGAUUGACCUCGGAAGCGUGUUCGAACGCGAAGAGUAGCUCGCCACCCUCCUCGACGCCGGCCUCUGCUCUGAGCAGCGACGCGGCCACCCUCGACAACUACAAGGGUUGCAUCCUGUCGAAGCCGCACGUCAACGAGAACAACAACCUGACGAACGGUUGCGCAAGCAUCUUGGGCUCGCUGAGGUCUCAGGGUAGCCAGGACCCGCUGACGAGGCUGUCCGUCCCCGAGGACACCGACGACUCCGCCAAGGAGAGACAGGCGAGCCCGGCGGACGAGGACGACGUGGAGGAGGAGGAGGAGGACUCGAGGAGCAGCGAGUCGACGAAGCCGCUUCUGUCGCCGAUACUCUCAGCCCCGACCACCAUACGAUUCCCUGCCCGAGAGCCGGAGAAAGACAGGCAACAGGCAACGGACAGCGGCGUCUGCCGCUGGGACAAGUGCGAGGAGAGUUUCGAUUCGAGCGGCGAGCUCCUUGAACACUUGCAGGUAGCGCACAUCAACACGCAGACGGGAGGCGAUAAUUUCGUGUGUCAGUGGCAAGGGUGCAAGGUGCAGGGCAGGAGUUCCUGUUCGCGGAGGUGGCUCGAGCGACACGUGUUGUCGCACGGAGGCAACAAACCGUUCCGGUGCAUAGUGGACGGCUGCGGCAGCAGAUUCAGUUCUCAGACGGCGCUCGAGAGGCACGUGAACGGGCACUUCAAUCAGCCGGAAACCAGCAACAACAACGCGAAACGGAGCUGCGAGAGCGGCGGGAAACUGGUGAGAAGAAACGGGAAACGGCUUCGAUACAGGCGGCAACCUUGGUCUGCGAGGCUCUUCGAUUACUUCGACUCGGGGGUGAUGGAGGGACUGCAGCACAGGUUACUUCAAUUGGCGAAGUCGAGGACUCAAGGUCGCCUCGCGGAAACACCGGGAAACUCGAUGGCCCUAACUAGUCAACGAGCCGGACGAGUGGGUGCCAGAGUCGGAAGUACAAAGCACGAAGAACGUGGAGAUACGAAAGGUGGCGUCGUCACACCCGGAGGAAGUGAGCCUGGCCCUGUACUCGGCGGUGGACGGCGGCGCGGCGCCGUUGAUGCGAGCGAAGCAGCGCCGGAAACCGGUGAAGAACUCGUGAUAAUGCCGGGCACGGUGAUCGAAGGACGAAGCGCGAUUAAUAAGUGGUGAUUAGAGCAACGAUCAAGCCAGGAAACGUUCGACGUAGCGUCGUUGUCCUGUCACAACCGGGGCAACGAUUGUGCUUUUCUGGCUCUGGGACGGAGGGGCAGAUUGAUCUGAAGGAAAGUGAACUGUAUCGAGAGGAGGGCGGAGACGAGGCGACCUCUGAUAUCGCAAGAGGGAACAAAAAAGUAAAAAUGGAUAUACGGA